AACAUGAGGAUCAAGUCAGCAACUGGAGACUCAAUGCAGCUGUAGAAACUGAGCCUGGGGACAGCAGUAGAGAAACAGAUGCUCAGCGGCCCAGAGUGUGUGACAGCUUCUCUCCCCCUCUGUUCUCUUUGAAAAUGUACCUGAGGAGAUCUUCCUCUGCAGCAUCAUCCAGCAUAGACCCUGUGUCGUCUUCUCAGCAGAGCAACAAGGGAGUUGACUGUGCAGGAAUGGUCCUGAACUGUCUCUUCUGCCGCUUCUACGAUAUGAUCGGCAUGCUGCCGGACUCCUGUGAGAGAGUUGCCCGUCACUGCUGCCCAAACUACAAACAGGUCCUCACAACAGCGGAGUCUACACCCAGCAGUGACGAUGACUCUCACAUUGACUUGGACUUUGGUCUGUUCAGUUCAUGUCAUGAUGCAAGUGACUGCCUGGAGCUGGCUAUGGAGGUUUCUGAAUUAUGCUACCACUAA